AAGUUGUAGUGGGCGCCGCCAUUUUGCUAAACUCCCGGCUGCAUUCGUUUGGAAUUGUAAGCCAUAGUGUAGCCUCGGUUGUCCAAACUUGACAAGAGUUUAAUAGUUGACACACAGUUCAUGCCAAUCGAACACAUAUAGUAAACAAUCUCAACACGUGUAGUAAGGAAUGACACUAGAUUUUCGAAGACGUGGUUGGCACUCAUCAUAAAGCGACAAAUGUCUUUCAAGUUUAAUUUUAAUACUUCUGAAGAAAACCAAGACUGUUUCGGAGAAACAACCAGUGAAGAUGAAGAAACAAAAAACAAAGAGAAAAGGGAGGUUAUAAAACAUACAGAAGAGAUAUUUGUUGAUAAUGUAUCUCCCAAAAUUUCUGAAAACAUUAAAGUGAUAAAGCAGAUGUUUAAUAAAGAUGUAGAAAUCCGAUUAAUAGAUCCUAGUUUAGCAGAAGAAACAGUUUGUUCACAGUUAAAUAGUGAAUCAGAUGUGGCUACAGCUGUCAAUCAACAGUCAGAUUUAAUACAGGGUAUUUAUGAAGGUGGAUUAAAGGUAUGGGAAUGUGGUAUUGAUAUGGUUAAUUAUUUAAUAUCAAACCAAAUUAACAUACAAGAUAAAAAUAUAUUAGAGUUAGGAUGUGGUGCUGGGCUACCAGGAAUUUAUUCUGUGUUAAAUGGUGCAAAAGUUGUAGAUUUUCAAGACUAUAAUAAAGAAGUUAUUGAAGAAUUCACAAUUCCUAAUGUCAGCCUUAAUCAGCAACAUGAGGUCAAAUGUCAUUGUCGAUACAUAGCUGGUGAUUGGGGGUCAUUAUCAAGUAUUCUUACUCAAUACAAAUAUGAUAUAAUAUUAACAGCAGAGACAAUAUAUAAUAUAGAUAAUUAUAAUAAAUUAGUCAGUGUGUUUGAUCAACUUUUAAAAGAAGAUGGUGUUAUAUAUAUAGCAGCUAAAUCCUAUUAUUUUGGUGUGGGUGGAGGAACAAGACAAUUUGAACAAUAUUUAAAAGAUGGAGGAAAAUUUAAUAGUCAUGUUGUUGAAGUGAUCAGUGCAGGAGUUCCAAGGGAAAUUUUAAAAGUUAGAAGAAAUACUCUAGACAAAACGUAAAAAAAAGAUGGUGGGAGGGGGACAUUUUUUUUAAAAGAAAAGAAAAACUUUUUAUGUUACAAAAUAUAUAUCAAAUAUAAUUUAUAUACAAAUUACUGAAAUCGGG